GCAGGCCGGCAAACAACCAGCCGGGUACCUUCAGUUCAAAUCCAAACAGCGAACGGUCGAGACAUCGGCGCGAUUCAGCUCGAUUUUGGGCGCGCGUCGCGACAAAGCAGCCGCUCGAUUACCGCUCUCGCGUUAUGGACAACGCCGGAGGAAACACGACGGGGAUCGAUCGAAAGGAACGCACGUGUUCGGCUGACGUUUGACGCUCUGGCGACUCGUUAAAAAAAAAAAAAAGAAACCAUCUUUCUUCCCGUUUUACCUCGAUCGUGUCCUUUCUCAUUUUUGGAUCCUGCCUUGGCGACAGAACGCUUCUCUCGUUUACCUACCACGUUCUAUUGCACUGUCGCGACGCGUGCGCCGAAACUCCCCUCCUCUCUCGAACGUCUAACAACGACACGGGAAAAAGUUUUUCUUUUUUAAACAUAGUGGUGGUAGAACACAACUCGCGAAAGUGUACUGUCACGAAAGAAAGGACAAGCAAAGAGGGAGAGAGAGAGACCGAGGGACCACGAAGUUCUUAUGUUUCCGAGUUCCUCCACGAAUAUCCCGCCAAGAUUGUUUUUACAUUGUAUCGGUGACGCGUCGCGAACGAUCGCACAACGUGGAAAAAUGCACGUGUAGCGAAGGGAGAAAAUAUAAUUGUGCCGUGAUUAACUCUAUUGGAAAGUAUAUACCGGCAGAGAGAGUUUCAAUGAUGUUUUGCGGUGUUAUGACUUAAAGUAACGGGGGAGAGAAAGAGAGAAAUAAAUAGUGUCUAGUAUUUGGUGGAGUUUCGAGUUUUCGAGACUGGAUCCCUCUGGAAACUAUUCGGGAACCCCCUGACCGUGAGUUUUCCUGGAAGGCUAGCCGUGAGAAUGGAUGUAGUGUCGAGUGGACUGCUGAUGCCAGCGAAGGUCGUGGAUAUUACGACCUACCACUCGUCCUUUUAUUCUCCGCCACCCACCGAGGCAUCGCGGUCUGGGUACGAUUCUAGUAGCGGCGGAGAGUCUGACAACGAGUAUAGUGCCAGCGUCUGUCGUGGGACCGGUAAUCAGUCUCAGAAUGCAACCGCGUCGAACGCGAACAGUCAUGGGCAGGGAAAGCACAUAAACAAAGGAAGGUGGACCAAAGAGGAGGACGCCCUGUUGAAGCAGCUAGUGAGCAACGCGGAACAACGGGGCACAGGGCUUCGAUGGGACGCCAUAGCUGGCCACUUCCCAGACCGAAGCGAUGUGCAAUGCCAGCAGAGAUGGGCAAAGGUCGUGAAUCCGGAGCUGGUCAAGGGACCUUGGACGAAAGAGGAGGACGAAAAAGUGGUAGAAUUAGUGGAGCGAUACGGGCCAAAGAAGUGGACGUUAAUCGCGCGACAUCUGAAGGGUCGCAUCGGUAAGCAGUGUCGGGAACGAUGGCACAAUCACUUGAACCCAGGGAUCAAGAAAACCGCGUGGACAGAGGCGGAGGAUAGGAUCAUCGUGGAGGCUCAUCGGAGGGUGGGGAACCAGUGGGCGAAAAUAGCAAAAUUAUUGCCAGGCAGGACCGACAAUGCCAUUAAGAACCAUUGGAACAGCACGAUGAGGAGAAAGUACGAGACCGAUGAGGGGAGGUCCACCACUGGUACCAGAGGGAGAGGUAGAAGGAAAGCCGUAGAGUCCUCCGUCACCUCGAAGGACACGCUGUGUGCAGAGGAGGACAUCUCGGCUCGUCUGAAGGCAGCGUCCACCAGUAACAAAAACAGCUCUACGGUGACCAGUGUCCACACCAUGGACAUGGAUCAGAUAGACUGGGCCAGGGCUUGGGACAAUCAGCAGAAUGGUCAAACGUAUCAGGGUCUCCUUGGUCUGAACGAACGUACACACGGCAACGAGUCCCGUAUAGAUUCUCCCUCGAAGAGAGGGGGCUCCGUUAGAAUUAAGACUGAACCAAUCUCAGCAUUCACCAAGUACUUUGAUAUGCAAAUGCAAGGUGAAGCGACCAGUUCGAAAAGCACGGAAAUUAGGCUAAUGCCUAUGCCGGACCUGGAAGAGAUUUCGAAUAGCAUGACGGAGAAAGAGAGGAGCAGUCCACCCCCUAUUCUGCGUCGACGCAGAAAUACUCAGACCCUUCAGCAGAGAACGGACACCCCCGACAGUGGAAGUCAGUCGGAGUAUCUGAUAAUAAGUCAGCAACAAGAAGAGCAGCCUGCUGACAACACCCCGUCCACUCCUAUUAAACAACUACCCUUCAGUCCGUCGCAGUUCUUGAAUAGUCUGAGCCCCGAGACAUCUUCCUGGCCACGGGCGAGCACCCCCAAGGGAAGCAGUCCUGGUCCACUAACUACACCGCAACCCUCUGGUCUUCGACGAAGUCAGAAUGAUGGCAACACGCCGAGGACACCAACGCCGUUCAAAAACGCCCUAGCGGAAUUGGAACGGCGCAGCGGCGCGACUACUCAGUUACCUGCUACUCCAAGUCGUCUCGACGCUUUAACCGAGAUCAUCAAACAGGAAACCGACCGCGAAAGUCUAGCAGGGACUAGUACCAUCCUUCAGGACUCUGGUUACGGCACGAUACGACGACGGGGUAAGGAGAACAGCGCUCCUGGUGGAAAGAGGGCGCGCAAGGCUCUCUGUCAAGCCUGGGCGAACGCUUCUCAGGAUAAUUCCGAAAUGAGUUUCGUUGUAGAAACACCCAGUAAAAGUUUGGACACAUCGGUAUUGUUUUCACCGGCAUCCAUGGCGUUGGAGGAUAAUUUCUUAACAGCAGGGACUAGUCCCGUGAAGACCUCCCACGACUUUGCGUCCGUACAACGGAAGCCUAACGCCAAGAGAGCGAUCACGUUCGACGCGUUCGACAGUCCCUGUUGUAUCCUCAGCCCUUUGCCGCUCAGGCCAGUUAAACGUGCCAAGCUUCAUUUAGAGGCGCAAUGGACGACAGUAGCUUGCGGACGCACACGUGACCAACUGGAAAUGACGCAGGCCGCCCGGCGAUUUCUCAGUAGCCAUGGAUACCUACCUUUGCGUCCUCGUUCUUUGAACUUUUGAGAAAGCCUUUUUCUUUUGCAACCGUAGGAGCCCGGUCGCACUUCGUGGUACAAAAAAUGCGACACUGAACUAGUCGUGAUUAAAGCUAAUGCGGCACUUCCGUUUAAGGAACAUGGCCUUUUUUCUAUCAGACAAAGGAAAGAAAAAAAAAAAGAUAAAUCUAUUAGAAAAUUUUUUACAAGUCGUGCAUGAGAGGCACACGUUAUACAUUGGAACAUCUUUGCGAAUGAUGAACUGUGAAUAGUAUGUAGAUGUACCGAUGCAUAACGCGUACCAGCAGUCGAAUCUCUCUUUAAAAAUAAAGGAAGAACCACGGUGCAACCGAAAUUGCAUCUUUUAAAAGGAGAGGGAACGUCAGGCUUUAUCAACUUUUCUUAGUAAAGACCAGAGAAAUGACAGCAAAGCAAAAGACACUUCUGCCUUUUUCCUGGAUGAUAGGAAGUUGCUACACAAAGUGAGAUAUGCAUUUGAGAAAAAAAAAAAAGAUAAUUGUUGAAAAGCAGUCACUUUCAUCGGUGGUAAAUCUUGCAUACUCCUGGUAAAAUAUAAAAAUAUUAAUAUCGAUUAUUUUUUUAGAGAGCAGGAGAAGGCAACGUUUACAUGAAACAAAUUCGCGUGUUGAUCAUGAUGAUAUAAUUUGUAUUUUUGUAUAUCAGAAUCACUUGUACAGUAGGGACCUCUUAUCAUCACUUUAGUAAGAACAUUAAAAGAAAAGAAUCUAAAUAAUAAUAGCCGGUUUAUUUGAUACAAUAGUAUAUAUUAUAUAAUAUAAAACAAAAGCAUUAUUGCGGCCGUUAUGUACAAAGAGCCUUUGUAACUGGUAUUUAAUUUACAACUGAAUAAUAAAGACGUGAUGAUAAUCACACCAAAAAAGGUAACGUUGUGAACGUCCUUUCGAAUUCUUGUAUUAUAAUAAUCCGUUUAAGAGAGUCACGUGCCUCCGAAUGAAAAUUUACCAGAGGCUUGUAAUCGUGACUUAACGUAGUACGGUUCAAUUUUUCCACAUCUUUUAUACUCGCGAGCCAAUAAUACUCAAUGAAACGUGCUAAUACAUUAACACGGUAAUGAACGAUAGCUCAAAACAUUCGUAUCGUUACAUUAGCAUGUUACUUGGAAUGCCAUGGAAUGGAUAAAAGAUACAAGUGCUAUUAAUGUUUAUCACCAGCUAAUACGCUUAUUACUGAACAAUGAAAAAAGCCCAUCAAAAUGUUUCAUGAUCGUUGAAGUAUACUGAAAGCGCCUAAUUUAUUUUUUUUUUCAAUUGAGCUUCAAUAUAAUUUCAUUAUUUUAUUUUUUUUAUUUUUUGAAACGUCUCUUCUACGACUUUGUCGCACGAAGACAGACGUUCAUCUUGUACUUGGAUUCAAAUGAUAAUUUUUUUUUUUGUCUAAAAAGUAUACUCUACAAGAUCAUCUAGCAAUACAAACUGGACACGAAUGGGAUAUAAUUAUGAGCGAAUUGGCGAGCGUCGUAACGUAACUCUAAGGCUCCUUCUAUACACGCGUUUGUUACAUAUACAUACUUAAAUGUCAUAUGGAAUGCAGGGUUCUUGAUGAAACCUCAUACAAAAGACAAAUUAAAAGUUGCAUUAUAAUAUUAAAUACGAAGUUACCAAUUAUACUGCA